GCAAGGCCUGGAUGGAGGAGCGUUAGGCCAGAUGGAGCCAGGAUGUAGCCCUGAGUGCUAUGCGGUCUGGGUUCAGGGAUUUUGCGCGCGAGAUCGUCACCCACAUUGGGGGCGAAGUGAAACAGUUGAGGGACAACGUAGGAAAGUUUUGUGAGAACGCCAUCCAGGGUGCCAAAGCCAUAGCUGCUGUAGAGGGUGAGAGCAGACCCCCUAAAAAGCCUGUCAAGCUUAAGUUCCCAGACGCGUACGGGGGAAAGAAGGAGGAGAACUUUGACAACUGGGAGGCCAGUGUCGACAACUACAUUUAUUUACAGCAUAUCCUGAUAGAGGAGCAAGUCCUCGUGGCCUUCCAGGCCCUGAAGGACGAAGCGGCUAGCUUCGCCAGGUCCCUUGCGAGCGCAGCCCGUUGUGAGAACAACCUGGUUGCAUAUUCCAAAGUCACCCCCCUCUCUAAGUUCCUCAAGCUCCUUAAGGAGCGAUUUGCUGACCCAACGCGAGGCGUCAGAGCCUCAGACAAGUUGCAGACCAUCCACUCAUGGCAGUGGAGGAGUGCCAAGGCACUCAAGGGUACCAUAGACGACUUAGUAGCCGUCCCGGACCAUGGGGUCACUAAGCCCCAACUGGUCCAGUUGUUUUAUCGUGUCAUGCCAGAGGCCCUACACGGGCAUUUCUUUGACAAGUCUCAGCAGGCCGGCAUCACUUACGAUGCAUUGAGUAGAGAAGUCGUCCUGUAUGAGUCGAAGUCUAUGCCAGUCGACAGCGUGGAUCACGGCUAUGGCGCCCAGGUCGACAGCGUGGAGCACGGCUAUGGCGCCCAGGUCAACAGCGUGGAUCACGGCUAUGGCGCCCAGGUCGACAGCGUGGAUCACGGCUAUGGCGCCCAGGUUGACAACGUGGAUCACUGCUAUGGCGCCCAGGUCGACAGCGUGGAUCACGAUUAUGGCCCCCAGGUCGACAACGUGGAUAACGGCUAUGGCGCCCAGCUAAGUGAUGCAGGUCGACAACGUGAAUCACGGCUAUGGCGCCCAGGUCGACUGCGUGGAUCACGGCUAUGGCGCCCACGUAAGUGAUGCAGGUCGAAUUCAAUUUUGGAGUAGAAAAUGUAGAAGUGUGUGGUGAACCAAAAAUGAUUCUGCCUAAACAGAUAAAAAGGAUAUGCAAUU